AAAUAUACUGGAAUUGAUAAAUCAGAAGUGAAAAAUAAUAAGAGGCAGUUUAUGACAGUCCUUCAAGCGGCUGCCAAUACAAAUCAACCGAUACAUCGUCUGAAUAAAAAAGAACUUGAUGCUCUGUUAAAAAAUGAAUGUAAUGCAAGAAAGGAGUGAUAAACUAACGACUUCAUUAAAUAAACGCGAAUUGGAACGCAAAUUAGACAUAGAAAAAAAACUGGAAGGAAAGCAGCAGUUGAUAGCCGAGCACGAACAAUUAGAGUACUUUACUAAAUCAUUUAACGAAAAACGGAUCGCAGUCGAAAAUGCCCUAAAGUCGUCUUCUUCAGUUGACGUAGUCGACUUGCCCAAACAUUUCGACACAAUAUACAAAAGUAUCUUAAUGUUGCAAAAGUAUGGGGCCAGCUCCAAAAUAUUCCUACGAAUGUAUGACGUGGAACGUUGCCAUCAGACCGUACACGAAUUAACAGUACGCACCAGGGAAUUGGAAGAGAACUUAAUACCCAAGAAAAAGUUUGGCUUUAAAAAUAAAAAACCGAAUAUUACAGACCUUAAUGGACGUUCUGAAGAUGUCGUGGAUUAUGCUGCACCACAUCAGUCCUACGAGGAAAGUAUAUGCGGAUUCGAAAAUAGAAAAAAUGAAACAUUAAUAAUGCAGAAGUCUGAUGUCUACAAAAAUGACGUAGUGUUACAAAAUAUUGAAAAUUGCCUAAUUAAACUGUAUGGCACGCCGUCAACCUUGCACCUAAACCAUGUGAGAAACUGCCUGAUACUUAGCGGACCCGUUUCCACGUCCAUUUUUGCUGAAUAUUGUAACGAUCUUAAAAUGGCGAUAGCGUGUCAGCAGUUGAGGCUGCACAGCUCUUCCGAUAUACACAUUUACUUGCACGUAACCAGUAGGGCGAUUAUGGAAGAUUGUAAUAACAUUUUAAUUGCGCCAUAUAAUUUUAAGUAUGACAGUUUGAAGGAGGAUUUUGUCACUGCUGGCUUAGAUCAAAAUAUUAAUAAUUGGACUUCGGUCGAUGAUUUUAACUGGUUAAAUUUACAGAAGAAAUCCCCUAAUUGGAGUAUUUUACAAGAGCAUGAGAGGAUUAGUGAUUGGGACAAUUUUACUUUACCUUGUGGAAAAUUUCCUGAUUAAGUAUUUAUGAAAAUUCGUGUAGCAGAUCAAUAGAUUAUUAUAUUGUA